UCUUUCUUUCUUCAUCUUCUUCUUCUGCCUCUGUGUCUCAUGUUUGUUUUCUCUUAGCCUAGAUACAGUUGACCUUGGUUCUUAUUUCAGCAGACCAGCCCAGUCCUUGUGUACGGUGCUCCAGCUCCUGGACCCUGACCUCGGUGUACAAAGCCCGAUAAAAUUCCAUACGCCCCCCCCCCAUCGCACCAGAAGUCAUCGCCGGCCAUAAAAUCAUUACAAUCAGGCGCUGCAACAUUGCUUAAGCAAUACGUCAAACCAAAUAACAACUCGACUGCCGCACACACUUCGCAACAUAAGGACCAGGUUGGGCAAAGCGAGCGAUUAGGUAGUCACGUGAAGGAGAACACGCCCAAUCGAUGUUAAUCAUUCACGUCCUGUGAUUGGCUCUCUCGUGGGCCAAUAGCAGGUCUUGGCGCAAUUCUGAGAACGACACAUUUGAAAACAAUGAAUUUUAGAUUUUUCUCGAAACGCGUAUUCCAGGAAUGUGGAAUUUUGGUGGAGGGAGUCAGUCGCUUACCUGCUCGGCUCUGAACAGGUCACUAGCAGCCCCUCCCAGCUCUCCUGGUGACCUGACCAGUCUCCCAGCUCUCCUGGUGACCUUACCAGUCUCCCAGCUCUCCUGGUGACCUUACCAGUCUCCCAGCUCUCCUGGUGACCUUACCAGUCUCCUGGUGACCUUACCAGUCUCCUGGUGACCUUACCAGUCUCCUGGUGACCUGACCAGUCUCCCAGCUCUCCUGGUGACCUGACCAGUCUCCCAGCUCUCCUGGUGACCUUACCAGUCUCCCAGCUCUCCUGGUGACCUUACCAGUCUCCCAGCUCUCCUGGUGACCUUACCAGUCUCCCAGCUCUCCUGGUGACCUUACCAGUCUCCUGGUGACCUUACCAGCCUCCCAGCUCUCCUGGUGACCUUACCAGUCUCCCAGCUCUCCUGGUGACCUUACCAGUCUCCCAGCUCUCCUGGUGACCUCACCAGCCUCCCAGCUCUCCUGGUGACCUUACCAGUCUCCCAGGUCUCCUGGUGACCUUACCACUCUCCCAGCUCUCCUGGUGACCUUACCAGUCUCCUGGUGACCUUACCAGUCUCCCAGCUCUCCUGGUGACCUGACCAGUCUCCCAGCUCUCCUGGUGACCUGACCAGUCUCCCAGCUCUCCUGGUGACCUGACCAGUCUCCCAGCUCUCCUGGUGACCUGACCAGUCUCCCAGCUCUCCUGGUGAUCUGACCAGUCUCCCAGCUCUCCUGGUGACCUGACCCGUCUCCCAGCUCUCCUGGUGACCUGACCAGUCUCCCAGCUCUCCUGGUGAUCUGACCAGUCUCCCAGCUCUCCUGGUGACCUGACCAGUCUCCCAGCUCUCCUGGUGACCUGACCAGUCUCCCAGCUCUCCUGGUGACCUGACCAGUCUCCCAGCUCUCCUGGUGACCUCGCCAGCCUCCCAGCUCUCCUGGUGACCUCACCAGUCUCCCAGCUCUCCUGGUGACCUGACCAGUCUCCCAGCUCUCCUGGUGAUCUGACCAGUCUCCCAGCUCUCCUGGUGACCUGACCAGUCUCCCAGCUCUCCUGGUGACCUGACCAGUCUCCCAGCUCUCCUGGUGACCUGACCAGUCUCCCAGCUCUCCUGGUGACCUCACCAGCCUCCCAGCUCUCCUGGUGACCUGACCAGUCUCCCAGCUCUCCUGGUGACCUGACCAGUCUCCCAGCUCUCCUGGUGACCUGACCAGUCUCCCAGCUCUCCUGGUGACCUGACCAGUCUCCCAGCUCUCCUGGUGGUGACCCCAAGUUAAACUUUUGAUCUCUUAGGUAAUUCAUAGCGCAGGUAAUUUUGGUUGGAAUAUUUUAGCUUUGAUAAUAUUAUACUUAAUUUAUAAUUAUUUUUCCUUUAAUUAUUUAUCAUUAAUAAUUGAAAGUUGAAGUUCCUUUCCUUAUCAUUUAUACGCUGAUGGUUUAUAUACAUACGUUAGUUACGGCUACAACUUAGUUCAAAGGACCGUGAAUAUUCAAGAAAACGCUUAGUAAACAUAGAAAACAUUACUAGUUUACCGGUGACCAAAACAAUAGUUCGGAAGUGAAGGAAAACGUUACUUAUUUACCAGUGACUAAAAGCUUGCAAGUAAGGGAGGACGUUACUUAUUUACUAGUGACCAAAAGCUUGCAAGUGAGGGAGGACGUUACUUAUUUACCAGUGACCAAAAGCUUGCAAGUAAGGGAGGACGUUACUUAUUUACCAGUGACCAAUAAGCUCGCAAGUGAAGGAGGACGUUACUUAUUUACCAGUGACCAAAGGCUUGCAAGUGAGGGAGGACGUUACUUAUUUACCAGUGACCAAAAGCUUGCAAGUGAGGGAGGACGUUACUUAUUUACCAGUGACCAAAGGCUUGCAAGUGAGGGAGGACGUUACUUAUUUACCAGUGACCAAAAGCUUGCAAGUGAGGGAGGACGUUACUUAUUAACCAGUGACCAAUAAGCUCGCAAGUGAAGGAAGAACCCAUCAGCGGUUUAGUGUUUGACACACCACUAGAAAUCAGUGUUUGAAGGCCAGUGACAUAAGAGCAUCAGAACUCGAGGAGGAGAAAGACCAGUCUGCAGUGUUGUGAUGUGAUGUGAGGCGCCCAGAGCGAGGACGUGCUCCUGGCGCCGCUGGUAAACACUGUGGGAGAAGCAUCAAGAUGGCCGCCUUCGUGGCCGUCUGGGCCACGCUCCUCUCGCUGCUUGCUGCCUUCCCCAUCAUCAAGGGCCAGUCCCUCCCAGGGGCCCAGGGCCCGUCCCUCCAAGGGGCCCAGGGCCCGUCCUUCCCUGAGGCCCAGGACGCCCGCUACAUGUCGGCCGAACAUCGCCUCUUUGAGUACCUCUUCAGCAAAUACAACAAGCACGUUCGACCCAUCGAGUACUCCGGAGAAAUUACUAAUGUGUUCUUCGAGCUUUCUAUCUUCAAUAUCUUGGCCGUGGACACCAAGCUGCAGCAGAUGACGACGAACACAGAGAUGAUCAUGAAGUGGAAGGACUUCCACCUGAGGUGGGACCCCGGCCUCUUCAACGGCACCACCAGCAUCCGGAUCCCCUACAAGAGCAUCUGGUACCCGGACAUCAUCCUGACCAACACCGCCACCGGGGACUACGAGGGCAGCGUCCUCAACACCAACGCCAUCAUCAACUACCUGGGGGAGGUGGAGCUGAUGAGCCACGCCAUCCUGACCACUGUCUGCCUCAUGGACGUUCAGUGGUACCCCUUCGACCAGCAGACCUGCAGCCUGGCCUUCAGCUCCUGGACCUACGACAACAGCAAGAUCCGGUUGGUGCAGGGGCCGGCCGACCUCUCCAAGUUCAGACAGAAUCCAGAGUUCUUCCUGGAGGACUUCUACUCCAAGCUGGAGGAUAUUAUCAACCCGUGCUGCCCCAUACCCAUGUCAACCAUCAGGUACUACCUGCAGGUCCAGCGGCGGACCAUCUUCUCCCUCUUCUUCUUCAUCAUGCCGGGGAUCCUCAUCAACUUCUGCGCCCUCAUGGUCUUCUCUCUGCCAGCGGAGUCCGGCGAGAAGAUCGGUCUGGGCAUCAACUCCAUGCUGGCCAUGAUGGUCUUCCUCAUGGCCAUGACGGACAACCUCCCGCCCACCGAGAAGCUGCCCCUCGCAGGUGUGUACUACGGCGCCUGCAUCAGUAUGAUCGCCCUCAACAUUGCUCUCUCCGUCACUGUUCUCAACCUGAAUGUGAUGGGCAUGCGAGGCUACCAGGUGCCAGAGUUCCUCAAGAUGGUGACGCUGGUGGUGGCCCGCGCCAUCAUUGUCCGGAUCCCCAUCAUUGUCAGGAAGGCCUGGAACAUCUCUGAAAAGAGCAAGACGAUCACGCGGGUGCAGAAGUUGAAGGAGAAGAUGCACAUGUCUGGCAACACGGUGAAGGUCUUCAACGUUCUGCCGCAGACCCCCAAGACGCAGGAGCUGCCCGAGGUGAAGCAGCACUUCGAGGACGACCUCAACCACACCGUACUCACGGAUCCCUUCCAGCGGCGUGCCAUCGCUGUUCUGGAGUCCAUAAACAAGAUUUUAACCCGGGAACAAGAAGAGCGAGAUGUGCUUACCGUAAGGAACACGCUGGUGGAGGAGUGGAAGUUUGUGUCGCGAGUGAUGGACCGAACACUCUUCCUAACCUUCACCCUGAUCACCUUCAUCUUUAACGUCUCCAUCCUCACCUCCUCGCCCUUCAGGGAGAGGUUCGCCUACUGCCCACUUGGAGAUAACGGAGAGUGUGACGACCUCACAUGGGAACAAAUUAUCGAGAUCACCAGCCACGCAGCCAACAACAUUCACUUCUCAGGGACAAAGAAGGGCCACACUCCUGCAGAAGCGUCUGACGCAGCUCACCUCCAGAACAAUCACGCCUACAUUACAAAUAUUCAGAAGAUCCCCGAGGUAGCCUACGACGGCUUCGACGACCCGCCUCCAGACAAAAGUGCGGCUCCCUACACCACCUCCCAGGGCAUCCAAGGCUCCGCCAAAAUCAGGAAACUCGACUCGCCUGAUCACUAUGAUGAGCCUGGCGACCUUGACGAAGACCAUAGCCCCAACGACACCUCCAGGAACCGCCCACAAGGUGGCUGAACCGCGGCACUGAACCAUCAGGUCCAAUACAAAGGAACUCUUGUAAUUUUUCUAAUAUAACUCACAAGAGGGUGUACCAGACGGUGCUUGAGUGAUGGGCGCUACAUCUUCACUACAUGCUGUCUUCAUGACUGUAGCCAUCUUCACUGCUCAUUAUCUUCAUCACUGUAACCUCCUGGAUUGCUUAUUCUCUUCAUCACUGUAACCAUCUCCACUUCUCAUUAUCUUCAUCACUGUAGCAAUUUCCACUUCAUGUUAUGUUCACUGUAUCCAUCUUUACUGCUUCAGUAAAAUAUCUAUGCUACAGUACAGUACAGUAUCUUCAUCACUGUAAUCACCUUCCUUUUUUAAAUACUCUAUUACUGUAACCAUCUUCACUGCUUACUAUCUGCAUCACUGUAACCAUCUUCACUCCUUACUAUAUGUUUCACUGUAACCAUUUUAAAUACAAACCUUCCGUCUCCUUCAUCACUUUCCUUAGCCCCCAUCACCUUCACCACCUUCCUUACCUCCCCUCACAAUCUUCCCUCUCCAUCUUUACCGUUCACCAUCUUCCCUACCAUUCACUACCUGCCCUUCACCUCCCAGGUACCUUCUCUGCUCUACACCUCCUCUCCAUCCCUGUAAUAUUCGUGAGAAUGGAGUCUUUUAUUUUGCCACACUAGAAAUUAUUAUGAUUUGCCAUUUGAUGCAAAGAGAGGGGCAUGGGGCUCGACCCCGACCCUCCUAUGACCAUCCCCGAACAAAGACCAGUCACCCUGCAAAGUUUAGUGAGGCUAGCAUCAGGCUUCUGGCCGCCAACCUCGAAAAGAUAGACACGGACACGGAAAUAAUUGCCCUAUAUAUCCUGACCAAUUUGAGCACCUGGCCUAGGGGGCUAAAUAACAGCAUACAAAAUAUUAGGUCAGGGUUAGCUUGACAAUAUUAAUAUUGGGAUUAAGUUAGGAAUGUGGAGCCUUGACUAUGACCCCUACCCAAACUAACCUAACUGAAAUCUUACCUGACUGAAUCUUACUUAAGUUACUUCGUUAAAUUCAGAAAUAUGGGACAAACUGCAGUACAAGUUAAGCGUGGACCAGAAAUCUGGCGAUGACUCGUCACCUCGAAUAUUAAAAAUAAUUGUUCGUGUUUUAAUUCAUAUAAGUGAAGUUGUUCUACAUGUAAGCAACGUCUAAUAAUCUGGUAGUAUAAUAAAAUGGAAAAAAUAUAUAUUUAUAAGUAAAAUCUCUGUAACAUGACGUUAGAGGAAGUGAUUGCCAGUUAGUAACAAAUAUCAAAGUUAACCAACUGGUAAUAAGAGUGUAACCAACCUUCUAGUUAGUAAUACAAGGUUUACUUGUAUUACUAACAGAGAUGGAGUGUGCCAUCUCUGUGUUGCGUAGAUUUGGGUCGAGUUCAACACUCUCCUACACACGCGGUAUAGUGACGUCAUCAGUGUCUUUGGCAGCGUUCGGAUGCAACAAUUGUUGUUUCAUUUCAAAUUUAUCAUCUGCGGAUAUUUGUAUUUAUGGUUAUAUUCGUAUAUUUGCUUCUAAUUAUUUUUUGUAACUGGACAAAAACAAAUCGACAAAGUAUAAAUUAGACAGAAUGAGGGAGCGGGUGGGGCGUUAAAAAGAUAUUUUCACCUGUAAUUGGCUGUGUUAAAAUAAGCAAUUUGGCUACUUAUCUACUAAUGGGUUGGAAAUGGGACUCUUAUGUGAUAUUGCAAUAUCAUAAAAUAGGCAUAUAUCAGAGGAUAAUAUAUUCAUGGAGAAAGGGCAGCUAGGGAGGUUUGUUGACAAUGUUGGAAGCGUGAAGUAGGCGAGACGCGUCACAGGUCACGUGACGUUGUUGACACACCCAGGCGAGCCCUCCAGGCAGGUGUACCUUCAGUUUUUGGUUUGCUAGUGCAGUGUUGACUGUCGGUGUCUCGAGCAAUACUGAGGAGUACAGUGGACGCUAGUGAGGUAGGAGGGAGAGACAAGACAAGCGGGGCCGGCCUGGUGUGUAUGGCUUGCUCCUGGUCAACCCCCCAACCCACUCCUUGCCUCGCACGUCGAGGUGUCCUCGCGAGCAAUCCAUAACAGGUGUGUCUAAAUAUGUCUAUUUUUGAAGUUUGCAUUGCAUAGAAUUUUGUUUUGAGUUGUUGUUUACAUUUUGUAGCCUCGCAUUGUGCCCUGUGAGACAUCUGUGUCAUUUUCUUGCGCUUGAGCAUGGCUCUUGUUUAAAGUCGUCCAGUGCUUGUUGGCGGAUUUGGGUGAGCUAUCGACUUGGUCCUUCUGGAGAAAAAACAAACUGAAGUUGGAGGGGGGGGGGUGGAAUUAGGACCUCCGGCUGCCAAAUCCGUAUUGCCUACAGGCAGGCUGCUUCGAUGAUUGAAAUAUGUGGUUAAUUACCUCAUUUAAACACUCCGGGUCCGUGUUAUGGUGAACGCAUAUAAAUUUCACUGAUAGCAGCAUUCCUGAAAAAUGUCCCUGUGUUCCUCACUAAGACAGUCUUGGGAGUAGCUUGGUGACCUGGUUAAUUGCCGCCAAGUCCGUCGUGUCGGAGGGGGAUAUACAAAUCACAUGAUAGUUCGUCAAUGGAUUUUAAAACGUAACAAGUCCAACCUAACCUAACAAUAUAUAUGGUUUUGAUAAUCGGAAAACGAGAUUUGUCGAAUAGAUUUGUCCGUUCUCCAAUAAGUUGAGUGAAUUUUGUAAAAUGACAUGAGAGUAUUUUUUGUUUCACACGUCGAACCAAUAUUAACUUUGUUUUCUUAGAUUAUAUGAAUUGCCUGGUUAAUGUACGAUAUUUACCUAGUUUGAUCUGGGACUAACACCAGUUUCAGUGGUUACCUUGAGGAUACCAAUAAGGACGGGGAAGCCUAAGGAAUUAUAAUUCCCCUACAAGGUAAGAAAUAUAAUUAUAUCGAUGAAAAGUUUGGCAACAAAAAGUAUUAAUUAAUUGUAGUUUUUGCUGUAGUGUCUCGAGAUUGUUGCUUUUAUAUGAAGAACCAAACUAUAAUUGCUCCUAUCCUAGUACCAAAAAAAAAAAAAAAAGCAGAAUUCGACAGAUUAAAUCAUAAUAUUUGAAAUGUAAAAAUUGUGAUAUGUUUUCACUAAAUGGUUUCACUUUAGUGAGGGCCAAGUAUUGGUUGAGAUUUUAGUACAUUAUCUUUCCCGUCCGUCUGACAUUGACGGUAAUUAAUAACAUUGAGGAUUCCAAAGCAAGCGAAUUACUGCUCAUACCUGCCUGGAAAUGCAUCCAACCUAUUAAACAAAUUAUGGAUCUGCAUGCGAGUUUGUGAUAUUGGUGACUAGGUCAGUGAUAUUUUCAACCGAUCCUGUUGUCGUGAGCGGGGGCUUGGUGGGCGGCUGCCGGAGUGCGAUGCUCCUUGGGACAGUCCUCUGUCCUUCUG